AAAAACGAUGCGAAAAAGCUCAAAUCAGACAGUCUACAUGUUUCACAUGCAUAUAAAGGACCGUUUUUAUGAUGGAACUUAUCAGUAAAACACUUUAUUUAUUAUUUGAACAAAAACAAGCCUGGCACGACAUAGAUAAACACUAAUACAAUGAUAUUAAAUUUGUCUUCACAAAACAAAAAUAUUUUAGAUCAGCUCUCUGAAUUCUGUAGAUUUUAAUUAUGUACCAAUUAUAAACUAGGUCAUUUUAACUAAUUCGAAUAAUAAUAUAUUGAAAUUUCUGUUUUCAAUAUUUCUGUAACUACCCCUUAGCAAAUAUACUACAUCAAAGCAUUAGCGGAGGGGUUCAUCAUUGAUAACAAACCGUUUGGUUAUUCCACAAAUCUUCCUCGGCAGAACACUGGAGUACCUUAAAAUCGAUUACUGUGUUGACCUCACAUCGUUAAGUAUAUAUCACUAACAUAUAUACACCCCGUUUUAUAUAUAGGGGCGCCAUGCCGGUUGUACGGGUGCCUGACGAAAGUGGGAACACACUGACACUACUAGAGGUAGAUGGAACCUACAGGGCCGGGAAUAGCUCCGUACCCGAUCACGAAAACGAAAUCAGGUCAAUACCCACGUGGCAAGCACGUGACGAUGAUGUACUUAUUUGCGCCUAUCCUAAAUCCGGAACACAUUGGCUAUGGGAGGUGACGUCAAUGUUGACGAGGAAUAAGGCUGAGAGAAUCCCUGGCGUGAAAGAGUCGGCCAUGUUAGAACUUAUACAACAGUCCCGGUUUGACAACCUUCCGUCUCCACGAGUUGUCAACACGCAUGUCCAGUACGGACAGGUGCCUAAGGACAUGCUCGAUCGGAGAUGUAAAAUACUGUACAUGAUCCGGAACCCAAAGGAUGUGUCCGUUUCCUUUUAUAAUCACCACGUCAACCUUCUGGAUUACGAAUUCACGGGAUCAUGGGAACAUUAUCUGCCCAGAUUUCUCCGAGGAGAUGUGGACUGUGGCAGCUGGUUCGACUUUACCCUCAGCUGGGAGAAUUUCAUCCUUCAAAUUCCAGACUAUCCUAUCCUUGUUAUUUACUACGAAGAUAUGAAAUCGAAUCCUGUACUGGAGAUUGAGCGGAUAGCGACGUUUUUGGAGGUCCCAUAUGAUGACGUCUUUAUACAGAGCAUUGCCCAACUAUGCGAUUUCAACACAAUGAAGUCGGACAAGGAGCCGUUGGAGGAUGCAGACGAUUGGAGAGGGGGCAAACCCGAUAUGUAUCGAAGAGGAGAAGUUGGCGAUUGGAAAAACUGGUUUAUUGUUGGACAAAAUGAUCUUUUCGAUACAGUUUACUUUGAACGAAUGCAAAACUCAAAAACGAAUUUGCGGUUUUCCCUUUAGACGAUAAACCUUUCGUUUGACAAAUUGCAGAUCAACUGGCCAUCCGCGUGCCUGACACAUCGUCCAAUACCAUAUGACAAAUAGCAGAUCAAAUGGCCAUCCGCGUGCCUGAUACAUCGUCCAAUACCAUAUGACAAAUAGCAGAUCAAAUGGCCAUCCGCGUGCCUGACACAUCGUCCAAUACCAUAUGACAAAUAGCAGAUCAAAUGGCCAUCCGCGUGCCUGAUACAUCGUCCAAUACCAUAUGACAAAUAGCAGAUCAAAUGGCCAUCCGCGUGCCUGACACAUCGUCCAAUAUCAUAUGACAAAUUGCAGAUCAACUGGCCAUCCGCGUGCCUGACACAUCGUCCAAUAUCAUAUGGCAAAUUGCAGAUCAACUGGCCAUCCGCGUGCCUGACACAUCGUCCUAUAUCAUAUGGCAAAUUGCAGAUCAACUGGCCAUCCGCGUGCCUGACACAUCGUCCAAUAUCGUAUGACAAAUUGCAGAUCAACUGGCCAUCCGCAUGCCUGACACAUCGUCCAAUAUCAUAGUACAAAUUGCAGAUCAACUGGCCAUCCGCGUACCCGACACAACGUCCAAUAUUGUAUGACACGUGGUAGGUCACCUGGCCUCGUUACACGUACAUUGUACAUGUAUGUCACUCAAUGGAUAUCACUACGUCAUCUGGUUGAGGACGCCUGCUUAGCAGGCCAGAAGUGCGAAGUUGCUGACAGUUUCAACACUGGUCAACGGUUCUACUGUUGGAAAUGAGGCAUGCUGUACUCGUAAUGGACGCGCCGUAUCAGCAGAACCGAACAGGCGAAUAUUCAAUUGCGAUGAAAUCGUAUAAAUUAUGUAUGUCAAUGUUGCUCAUGCGUAAGUUGUAAAAAGGGGAUAUAAUGGGAUUUAUGUUUGAGGCGUAUAUUUUAUAGAGAUGACCGCCUUCCUUGGAACUUACUCAGUAUUCAAUUGCGUUCCAUUAUAAUAUACCUGUUUGUGCAACACAUUCGAACUCGAGUUCCAAAGAUGUUGGUGGUAAUGUGACGUCAUUACCUAUACGUCACGUGGUAACGUAGUUUAGAGAUACAUAGUAGCAUGUGUUCCGCCGCUGCUCACCAAUGAUUUCGUAAUAAAUCUACUUAUGAAAUGACA